AUGCCUGGGGGGUGCUCCCGGGGCCCCGCCGCCGGAGACGGGCGGCUGCGGCUGGCGCGGCUGGCGCUGAUCCUCCUGGGCUGGGUCUCCUCGUCCUCUCCCACCUCCUCGGCGUCCUCCUCCUCCACCUUCUCGGCGUCGUUCCUGGCCUCCGCCGUGUCCGCCCGGCCCCCGCUGCCCAGCCAGUGCCCCCAGCCGUGCGAGUGCUCCGAGGCGGCGCGCACCGUCAAGUGCGUUAACCGCAAUCUGACCGAGGUGCCCACGGACCUGCCCCCCUACGUGCGCAACCUCUUCCUCACCGGCAACCACCUGGCGGUGCUUCCUGCCGGCGCCUUCGCCCGCCGGCCGCCGCUGGCCGAGCUGGCCGCGCUCAACCUCAGCGGCAGCCGCCUGGAGGAGGUGCGCGCCGGCGCCUUCGAGCAUCUGCCCAGCCUGCGCCAGCUCGACCUCAGCCACAACCCACUGACCAGCCUCAGCCCCUUCGCUUUUUCGGGCAGCAACGCCAGCGUCUCAGCCCCUAGCACCCUGGUGGAACUGAUCCUGAACCACAUCGUGCCUCCCGAGGAUGACCGGCAGAACCAGAGCUCCUUCGAACGGCACAACCGGAGCUUCGAGGGCAUGGUGGCCGCUGCCCUGCGGGCGGGUCAGGCACUGCGUGGGCUCCGCCGCCUGGAGCUGGCCAGCAACCACUUCCUCUACCUGCCCCGGAAUGUGCUGGCCCAACUGCCCGGCCUCAGGUACCUGGACUUGAGUAACAACUCGCUGGUGAGCCUGACCUACGUGUCCUUCCGCAACCUGACACAUCUAGAAAGCCUCCACCUGGAGGACAAUGCCCUCAAGGUCCUUCACAACGGCACCCUGGAUGAAUUGCAAGGCCUGCCCCACGUCAGGGUCUUCCUGGACAACAAUCCCUGGGUCUGCGACUGCCUCAUGGCGGACAUGGUGGCCUGGCUCAAGGUGACAGAGAUAGUGCAGGGCAAAUCCAGGCUCACCUGUGCAUUCCCGGAAAAAAUGAGGAAUCGGGUCCUCUUGCAACUCGACAGCGCUGACCUGGAGUGUGACCCGAUCCUUCCCCAGUCCCUGCAGACUUCUUAUGUCUUCCUGGGUAUUGUUUUAGCCCUGAUAGGCGCUAUUUUCCUCCUGGUUUUGUAUUUGAACCGCAAGGGGAUAAAAAAAUGGAUGCAUAACAUCAGAGAUGCCUGCAGGGAUCACAUGGAAGGGUAUCAUUACAGAUACGAAAUCAAUGCAGACCCCAGGUUAACAAACCUCAGUUCUAAUUCGGAUGUCUGA